AUGAGGACACUAGUUCGGGAAUUCAGAGCUGCAAGAUAAGUGAUUUUAAUAGUAAAACAAACUAUAAACAUAAAUAAGCUUCUGAUAUAAGAGACUGCUUUCUGUGAGUAUCUUAUGGACAGUGAUCUUUGCCUGCCUUAGAUCAUCAGUGUUACUGCUGCUACUGGAGCUGAGUGAAUAAUUUUCAAUGAAUGAGGUGUCUGGUGGAUCUAGCUUCUUUCUGCUUGAUUUAUUUAUUCAGUGGGGUCUUCAGAGUUCGUGUUCUUACAGACUCCCGAGUUCUCAAGUCCUUGACAUCAUAACCUCCAACAGAAAGCAACUUGAAUUGGCUCUCUCAGACCCCACGAAGUCAACCUGUGAAACUCUUCUGUAGGAGCAGUGCUACAUGAAUGGCGAUAGUAACCAUUCUCUCUGGACGAGAACAGCUCCUCACGGCAAGGAGUUGCAGAGUGACAUGAGCCUGUUCCAAUCCCAGGAGGCAUGAGAAGAAGAAACCCAUGGGAUAUGCUGAGACCCAGAGAGAAUAUCAGAAGUUUGAUGGUUCACAAGCAGAUGGUUAACAGGCAGCCAUGCAAACUGUAAGUACCCGUUCCACUGGACCUACUUUUGGGAGUAAUUGAAGGUGAUCUCAGCUGAGAGUAAGCAAAGUGAGAUUUGUGACCACGCACCCAGCAAGUUUCAAGAGCAGAGUCUGAACCUUGAACCUCAAUAUUGAAUUUUGCCACAUCAGCUUAAAAGGCUAUUCAUGUUAGGUGUAAUAGAAGAAUUUGAGUGUUGUUGAACUGAUGGUCCAGGAAACAUGCAAGAGGUAAGGUGACGGGAAGCAGGGGGGAGUUGUUGAUAUCUUUUAUGGGCUUCUAGAUCCAGCACCAGUGUCUGCUGCUGCUUAUUCAGCGAUGUAGGCCCGUCCUUUUUGAAUAUUCACAUUCUGUUGUUAUUUUGACAUGCUGCCAUUUCCCUCCUGAGGAAUGCAAGCAAGAAAAGGAUAAUGGUGGCUUUCUAUCUACCGCAAAAAGACCUUAAAGACAAAAAGGUCAAAGAGAACCCUUUCUUCUGAAAAUGUGUAAGUCUAGGUGAAUGGGGCAUGAAGGACUGCUAGGGGUUGGGGAAGAGAGAAGGUGUAUAAAUUAAGAUGUGCAGGCCUUUAACAACCCAUGCUGAAGCUAUAAGAGGGACAUAGUGGGGCUUCACUUAAAAAAUAGGAAACACUGGCUGAAGCAAUAUACUUUCCUUCCCAUGAACUGUAUUAUUUGCAAAAUAUGCAGAUGAUUUUUACAGUAUUUUCAGUAGGAACAUGUUGGUGUUUAUUGCCCAGAAUAUUUCAAUUGUGAAGUAAAUUCUCUCUACCUUCCUUAGGAUUUCAACAUUUGUAAGUCGCUGCUCACUCCUGGAGUAUCUUUAAUGGCUCAUAUUAAUUCAAGGUGUCCCUUUAUGCACUUAAAAAAACCCCUUCCUUUUAAUGACAUUUCCAUUUAUUCAGAAUUAUUAUUUAAAAUCCUAAAUUAGCAUUCUGCACUUGGAUUCUGACAGAGCCAUUACAUUUUAUACUGAAAGGGUUUAGUUAAUUUAAAAUUAUUAAACCCCAUUGGCUGCAUGAUGGGAGCAUCUUUAAGCAAAUUUCUAUAUUUCAGGUGUAUGCUAACAGCAUGCAAGUGCAAACUGGAUUAGGAUCCGUUUGCCUUUGUUUCUUACAUUCUUAUAUAUGGCAAAGUUGUUAUUCUAGGUUUCACCUGCUGUCCUGAAGUAGCUGAAACUAAAUAACAGAUGAACAUGCUAGCAGCAAUAUAAAUAACAACCUGUCCUCUGUCUGUCCCAAGGUGCACAAAUGAUGUUGCUUUUCAAACUAAAGCCAGUGAAACUGACAUAAGUAAUUAUGAGUAUUCUUCUGCUUUUUUUUUUAGAUCAAGCUGCAAUAAAAGAAAGAAUAUGAAAACUUAUGUCGCAAAUUGUGUGCUGUCAACUAUUUCCGUUUAUUUUGAAUAUAAAAAAAAUGCAACUAAGCCAUUCAGAAGAAUUAUUUCACUUUGGUCUGUAUUUGCUUCUUUCAUAUGUUUUCUUUCACAGAUUUUGGAUAAGGCCCCGAUUUCAAUUCCUGCUGGCCUAAAUCAUCCAGUGACAUUUGCGCCAUUGAGUUUUAAAUGGUUUUAAAUAAUAUUUAUCCUACAGAAUAACUGAUAUCUUCCUUGGUAGUCCCAAGAAGUAGAUUUCAUCUACUUUACAUAGAUGAAAUCCAAUGUUAUAUCUUUAAGAACCAUAUAGCUAAAAAGACUCUGAAAUUACAAUGUGUCUGAGAUCUUGUGACCCCAAGAACAAGAGGGAAAUGGAAAAUGUUAUAACAAAUAGUGUGGUUAAAAUGUAGUGUAACUAGUAAAGUAACUUUUGUCUUAGAACUGUGAAAUCACACUUGUAGUGUGGUGUGGAUAUCUAACAAUCAGCAGCAUCUAGAGCAGUUUAGUUGCUGUGACUUCAGGUGAAAUUUGCCACAAGCAACAGAUCCGGUUCUAAUUAUUUUUCUGAAUCUGCCAACAACCAUGAUCAUUUACAUGCAUUACUAAUUCGCUUAUCUCCUGAAACUUGAGCUGCACAGUUUGCGUUUUACAGAUUCAUCAAAUGAAACAAUUGGGCUAAUAUCACCUUAAUUAAAUUAAGUUUAAUUUUAAAUGACUUGCUAGAGCACCUAACAAAUAUAACAUCUUCAAGAUGUUUUAGCAGAUAGAUACGCCUUUGUUGUACACACUUGUCAAUGUAGCAAGAAAACAUCUUGUUAGCAUGAAAGGCCCCUUAGUGUUUUAAAAGAGAAUAUCUUGUUUAUAUACUAAUGUUUGCAUUGAUUGUCAUUUGGGGAUGAAGAAAAGCUAUCCCAGUGCUGCUUACGGUGCUGGUAUAAUUUUAGUGCUCAAAAAUACAAAAUAAAAAAUAUUUUUCUAAAGACAGAAUCCUUCAUAUAUAUUCAGCCUUGGUAGUCACUUGACCACACAUGCUGGUAUAUAUCCAUUUUCACAAGAAAGUGCACGCUGAAUCUAAUUAACAACAUGAUCUGUAGCUCAUUGAAGUCAAUAGAAAAAUUCCCAUUGCCUUGACUUUGGGAUGAAAUACAGCAGGAUGUUAAACCUUGUCAUUGUGAUAACAUAAAAAUCAGACUAAUGUGAAAGGCAACAUGCUGUCAAAUACAGUGUUCGUAAGAUAUAGGGAUAUCAUUUGUAGCUGUUCUGGUCUAAGGGUACAGGCAGACAAAACUCUUGGGGCAGAGGCGAUAUCUUUUAUUGGACCAACUAAAUUGUUGCAAAAAAAAAAUUUCUUUGCAAGCUUUCAGGCCCACAUGCCCUUCAUCAGGCAAAGGAGAAUUCAAAGAUUGCAAAAUUUCUCCCAAGUAGAAGAGAAACUUCAUCUUGCAAAGGGGAAAUCAGCGAUGUCAGGGUGCUACCUAUGUGGAAAGGCCAAUGUGUAAAUAGCUGCUCUGUGAGAAUGCAAAUUAAGAGCAGACAAAGGCUGAAGCAGACCAGUCAGGUUACCUGAAGGUGUCAGAUGGCAGGCAGGGUGUUCAAUUUGACUUCUUUAUUGUUCAGUUGUGAAUUUUGCAUUUCAAAGCAGCAAAACACAAUAUGUUUCAUGUUUCAGGGAUAUUGGUUGUAGCCAUGUUGGUCUAAGGGUACAGGCAGACAAAACUCUUGGGGUAGAGGCAAUAUCUUUUAUUAGACCAACUAAAUAGUUGCAAUUUUUUUUCUUUGCAAGCUUUGAGGUCCACACACCCUUCGUUAGGCAAAGGAAAUGGUGUUUCUAAUGCACCCAUGAAUCUGCUGGUCAACAUGUGAAGAAAGACAUUUACUAACAUUUAAAAUCUUUGGUGUCUGGGUGUUUAUUACCUGACCAAGUCCCAUUGUUAGUAAAUGUUGAAUGUUUCAAAAGCAAUCACUGAAUAUUUAUCAAAAUGUUUAGAUACAAGUAAGCACGUAAGAAUGUAUCAGAUGCCAGUCAAUGCGGGCCAGUUUACAGGUGUUGUCAAUGAGAGUGAGAGAGAAAGGAAGUGCAAAACGAGCGGGUUCAAAUUAUAGAAAUUCUAUUUGCAUCAUACCUAUACAUAAUAUGAAUAUUAAGGAACACAUGAAUAUUCAACAUGUGUUUAAUAUGUAUUUGUACCUGGAAUUUUGUCACUGACCCUUUAACUUUCUUUGCUAAAGCCAGUGUUCAAAGGAUUAUGCAGUUUUUGCUGCAAAACUUUUACAUUUAUCUGCUGUAAAAUAGGCUGAAUGGCACCAAAGAGUGUCGUGUUUAGUUUUAAAAUGCCACAAAUAACAGAUUUAUAGAUUUUUCUAAAUACAUUAUUUUAGCUUGACAGCAUUAAUCAUUCAUGCUUCCUUCUUUCAUUUUUCUACCUGCAAUGGAUUAUUGAAACAGAAAAUAACAACGGGAAAGGCUACAAGCAGUAUCAAAAUGUCAAGUUUGUACUUACAGUUGUAUGUGCGUAGACAGGGUCAAGAGCCUCAAUUAUUUGUAUAUGUACACAGUGGUACUACAUGAAAGGUUAUGUCACCUGCAGCUAUUUUCUUGCAGAUUUAAAUAGGACUGAUAUUCAACUCCACAGUCAGCCACUGACAUGGAACAUAGAAUUGUAAAAUACUAUGAACUCUCAUGUCAGGACCUAAAAUAUGAACUGGGUGAUUGCAAGGUGUAGCUGUGGGCAAUCCUAUGUAUUGCAGUUUCAAACAACAAAACCUCAAAUAUAUUACACAAGAGAGGAUAUGAAACAAGGAAACAUCACUAUGGUGAGAGUUGAGUAAUUUCUAUUUAGAAAGAUUUACCUGUGUUUCUUUUACAUAAACACUAGUGAAAGACUAGGAAAAGUUGGGUCAUCUACUGGCAUCUGUUUCUUUGCAUGAGCUAUCCCAAGAGAAUAAUACUUACUGAGCUAACAUGAGUUACAAGAUGGACCAUAAUCCAGAAUUUUCAAAUUGUCUUGGCAGCUGUUCAUUUGCUGAAUAGCUCUGUGACUUUCUAAGGAAUUCUUUGCUCGAUCCUGUCAAGGCAAAGAAAGAGUUUUGAUAUAUACAAAAUGCUAUCUAUGCUUUUGUCUUGAAUAAUCUCUCUUCACAACAUGCUCAUUUAUGAAGCCUGACUUUACUGUUGAGAAGAGACUGCCAGAAUUCUUUUAGCCUUAGGAUUUUUUUCUCUGCUGUUGCUGUAAUGGACUCUCUUUGGGUCAGGCCCAUGGUAUUCCUAGGUUUGCUUAUACUCAAUAGGUUCCUCUUGUUUUUGUUGUUAUUGUUGGCCUGAAUAAUGGCUUCCCUGGGAAAAGCAGGUGUUGUGUGCUUGAAGAUGUCUGUUCCAAGGGACAGGGACCUGGGAAACAGCACCCCCAAAAGGAAUGAAAUAUCUUACUCAUACCUCUGCAGCAAAGGAAGAAAAGAGUAAAGCUGUGAUUUUUAUCAGCCCUAUCGGCAGAGUAGAGUAUAAAGCUUCGAUUUAGACUGUAGGGCCCAGUCUACAGUGAGAUCUGCAUAGAUACAGGAAUCUACCCACAUACAAUCACUGCAGGCUAUGGACCACACAGUUGCAACCUGACAGAACUUGAAAUUUAAAUUUAUCAUGAUACCUGUAGGUGUAUAAGAGGUAGUACGCAAAGCAGAUCAAAGUAGGAAGACAAAAUAUCUAUAUAGUUUUAGAAGUGAUGGAAUACCUCAUGCUUAUUUCUAGAUGUGUUUUGGGGGGCUUGUUUUAUUAAUGCAGGUCAUUGUUUGGCGGCAUAACAUUGGUGGAUAGGGCACCUUGACAAGGGCUUCUUAAACUGCAUUCAGAAAGAUUAUGGACCAGCUUUAGACAAAGUAGAGUACUUGUGCGCAAGAGAACAGUAGAAUUUGAGGGGAAAGGCAUGUGGAGCAGGAAUAAUAGUCAUAGAGCAGGAGCAGAAUCUGCAGAUUAUACAGGUGGUAUAUGGCAUGGCACAAGGACACCCCAAUAGUUAAGAAUGAUGCCCAUGGAUUCAUUUAAAAUGUGUAUUAAAAAUUCAACUUUUUCAACUAUGCAGUUGCAGUAGAAAAAACACAAGCACUAGUAAAAUUAAUAUUUGCUACUCCAUCAUUUUCUGUGUUAAAGUGCGUGUCUUUCUAGCUCAUUAUGUCUCAUCCUGAAAGAUCCCCCAACAAUAAUCUACUGCUGCAAGAAGUCUACGUAGAUGCAUCCUAUGUCUCUACUACCUCCUUCUUUCUUUACCUUGUGUAUCACCUCAAGGUCUUUGUUUUACUGUUUAAAAUUAAUCCUUUUAUUAUAUUUAUAUUUAAUAAUUAUUAUAUUUAUAAAAUGCAUCACUAUUGCUGUUGUUAUUGUAAUACUAUUGUUGUUGGUGGUAGUUUUGUUGAUAUUCAUUUAUGUCCAUGUGUUCAUUCAGCAAGUCCCUUCAUUGUUCGAAGGUUCUUCUUGAUAGGCAGUUUGGAAUACAAAAUGAUUCCAAAGUGCUUGAAAAUUGUAUAUAGUACAUACUUGGAGGCGGAGGCAACCCGAGCAGGGUGCGGGGCCCGGGGCAAAUGAGUCUGUGUGGGUCCCCGCCCCCUGAUGUGAGGAAGCUGGCAGCAGAUUCAUUGGCAGGGGUGCCAAGUGGCUGGAGGAAGCAGAUUCAGUGGCAGGGGUUACAAAGCAGAGCCAGAGGUGGUGCAUGUGGGGAGGGGGGCAGUGGUUCUGAGCAGCUAGACGUGAAGCUGGUGGCAGCAUGGAGUCACUGCGGCUGCUCCACUCAGCUCCACAGGGCCCCCCAAGAGAUUCAUGCCCCCCUCCCCGCCCCCCCGGGACAGUCGUGCUUGGAGGAAAGGCUUGCCUAAGACUGUUUAAGUUGCCUUUGAUAGGUGGGGCCCAAAUAAAUGAGGCAAUCUUGAAAAUGCCAGCCUGAAUGAUUUUCUCCCUUGUAGCUAGUUAUGGGAAGAUUUUAAAAUGCCUUUGACCACCCUCUAAGUUAGACCAACAAGGAACGUCCUAAAACUUGUACCAGAAACUUGCUUUACAAGCAGGAGGUCCUACCAAAGAAAUUCCAGUUUUGGGGUGGUGGUUCUGCUGUUUGUUUUCCUUCAACAUUUUGAGGCGUGUGAAUACUUAUGAAGAAAAGUGGAGGAAAAAGUGAAAAACCUUUAUUGUAUUUGCUAUUCCUUGCUAUUUCCCCCCUCUCCCUCCUUGUUUUCCUGUCAGGGUUUUACUUGCAUUUUAAAAUUUGUUUAUUGGGUUUCAUUUGAAAGAGUAAACUUGGCUUUGUUUCUUGAUUUACUUUAUAUGCAUUCUAAUGUAUUUCUCCAGUUAUUUGGCCUGUUGUUUUUCUUUUCUGCGACAGUGGCUGGAGUAGCUCUUUGUAGCUCAUGUCAUGUCAGUGUCCAGCAUCGGCAGAUACGUGUCUACUAGGGCUGUGCAAAACAGCAUCGUUUCGUUUUGACUUCCGUUUUGACAUGGCAGUGUUUCAUUUUGAGUUUCAUUUCAUUUUGAAAGCACUGUUCCAUUUUGUUUCCUUGAAACUGUUUCACUGUUUCGAUGCUGUUUCGACAUUUCACCCAUAGGCUAUAACGGGGAAGCAUUAACAUUCCAAUAACUUUGUCAUUUUUUGGCAGAUUUGGAUGAAAACAGCAGGGAUGGUAGCCCCUGAUGAGGCACAAACCCUGCCAGCUUUCAAGGAGAUAGGUGCAGGGGUUUCUGGGAAACUGCACCUCAAGCUGCUGACAAGCAAAACUCAUGAUAUGUGUGACUUUGUAUGUGUGUUAAGGUGUGCCCUGACUGGCGCUGAGGCCUGUACAUAACAUGGCAGUAUGCCCCAAUGAGGCCUUCUCCUGGCCAACAGCCUCAGACCAGUUGACCACUUUAAAUGACAACAGGUAGAAUAAUAACUUAGUGACUGCUAGCACAGUAGAACCAGCAGCAUCUCAGGCAGCCAAACUGUGAAAGAGCCUUUCUUGCCUUUCCUGCAGGAGCUUCUUCUCCAGUGUGUGCUUUAAGGCAAGCCCUCACUGUGUGACUGUGUGUGCAUGUUAAGGUGCACCCUCACUGGCACUGGGGCCUCUACACAACACAGUAGUGUUUCCCAAUGAGGCCUCUUUCUCUUCUGCAGCCUCAGCUCAGUCCACCACUUUAAAUAACAACAGGUAAAAUAAUAACUUAGUGACCAGCCACAGUAGCAUCAGCAGCAUCUCAGGCAGCCAAACUGACAGAGCCUUUCUUUCCUCUCCUGCAGGAGCUUCUUCUCCAGCAGCUGCCAGAGAACUUUCCCUGCCAGCCCCAGCCCUGGGGCUUAGAUGUGCCCAGGUCCCUGCGUCCUUCCGGUCAGGUGCUAGGGGUGUUGGUCUAAUGACAUGGCACUGGCAGACAAGGUUAUUUGGGUCAAUUUAAUCUGGUAUCUUUUAGCAGACCAACUGAACAGUUACAGAAAUAUAUCUUAGCAAGGAACAGCACACACACCAACUGCAGGUGCUUCCUCAGCCUGACAAAGGGUUUUUCAACCCAAAAGCUGGCACCCCAGGCAGCUAAGCUGAGCUCACCUGGAGCCUCACAACUCUACUACAACCUUCAAGCAAGCUUCAGCCUGUCAAAGACAUGACAAGUCUGGGUUUUCCCCAGCCAGGACUGUGUGCUUGUGUUAUGGUGGUUACAGUGCUUCCUACCCACCUUUCACCAGGGGAAUCCUUGGUCCUGGCAUUUUCUGGGGCUGCUGCAGCACCAGCAGCAGUCCCACCAAGCUUCCUGACCCUGGCAGAGUGCAGUUUUAGUGGUUAUACCCAGGACCAGGGGCCUCCUCCUUCCCCAUAGCCCCAAACCAUACCUUCAAGUUCAUCCUGGCAUGGAAGCUCAGCAAGGACAUGGUCUUCCGCUGCUGGCUGGUGAUGCAGUGUGUGCCCCCUCCAGCUCUGAGAGUGGGGCAUUAAAUGGUUUUAAAGAAAAGAAACAAGAAAAUAGGUGAGGAUGGAGUGAAGAGGAUGGCAUUCAUUCUGUCUGCAUCUAGAGCUUGGGGAACCUGAGCAGUGGGAGGUUCACCUUGAGGAACACCAGCUGUUCCACCAAACCAGGAUCCAAGAAGGUGCAGUGGGGUGUUACUACAUCCCCAGCAAUUCUGAGUACCCUCUUGCUUGGAACACUGAUCAGUGGAUAGGACAGGUGUUCCUGGGCAACCAUGGCCAUAUCUGGCCAUAUCUGGCUGUGGCUUGCCCAGUAGAUCAAGAGGUUACAUAGUAACAGCUCCAUGCCCUCAGUGAGAUAGGCAGCCACCAAGGCCUGAGCACUGCCUGCCUGAUGAUGGGGUCUGGGCCCCACCAUGGAAGCCAUUCCCUUGACCCACUAUGUCAGCGCCUGUGGUGAAGGAGGAGACUGGCUGGUGGGUGGUGUGCAAGCAUGGGACAGUGGAUCCCCCUCUUCUACAUCCCCCCACCUCUGCCGUUUUGCCUCCCUGACUCUCUUCACUAGCACCUCUGUUGACCAAUUCAGGCUUUGGCUGCUGCCCUUCACCCUUGGGUCACACAUGGCAGCCAGCACGUGGACUGUACUGGAUCACAAGGUAUCAAGCCAUUUCCUGAUGCCCUUCUUCAACCACCUCACCAGUGCUUGAACAUCUGGUGACAGCAGCUUGCCCCAGCCAGGAGCAUUGAUCCCUUGGAAGCUCUCCAUUUGGAUCUGAAGUUCCCUCACUACAGGGAUCACCUGGCUAAGGAGGGCAUUGCCAGUUCUGAGGGUCUCAAUGGCCUUGAGGAAGGGCUUGAGGGCCACCAAGAUCUAGGAGAUGGUAUCCCAAUCAGCUCUGUAAGGGAGCCACUGAUCCCAAUCUCCCUGAGCAAGUCCAUGUCAUGGAUGGUCUUCUGUUUGUCCACUAGCCUCUUAAGCAUCAGAUAUGUGGAGUUCCACUGAGUCUCUACAUCCUGCAUGAUUUUGUGCUGCAGGAUGUUCAGCUCUGCUUGUUUGUCCUGCAGCAUCUUGCCUCCUUUGAUGCUCUCGUGGGAGUAGCCUGCCAUGUUCUUGCAUUUUGAAAUGAGCUUGCUGGUGGUGCUGGUCACUGGCAGCCCUGUCCUUCUCCAAGGCAUCCAUAACUAUGAGAUGGAACUUGUGUGCCACACAGCGGAUGCCAACAAUGUUGGCAUCAUGGACUGCCUUGACCAUAUUGAAUGAACCUAUGAAUCUAUGAAUCUAUAUUGGCCCCAUUGUCCUUGGCCAUGGCCUUGACCAUAUGGGCCUUGGUGACCAUGGGUAAACUUGCCCUGUGAGGUGAAGUGUAGGGCCACCUGUGGACCUACCUUGCACAGCUCCUUCUUCAAGUACUCCCUGCAUGCCUCAUACAGGGAGGGUACCACCGUCCUGCUGAAGGUGGUACAUGCAGGCAUUUGGUAGGAUGGGGCUAUGAGCGCCAUGAGCCACCUAAACCCUGGCCACUUAACUAAGGAGAAGGGCUGGCCAUCCACAGCAAGCAUCUCCCCAAAGCUCUGAGUGAUCUCACUCGCCCUCUCAAUACACCCCACUUUCUGUCUGCCUGUCCCUCACUGUUCCAGGGUGGCCUACCUCUGCUUUGAGGGAUGAAGGCUUUGAAGUGAAAAGUGGACUUCCCUUUGGGCAUGCUCCUGCUGGUGCCAGGCUAAGGAGGAGCAAAGGCAAGGGCGUGGUGCCUGCGGAGAUGCAUCAGCAUCCCCAUGGUGCUCAUGUGUUUUGUUUCCUUGCCCUGGCUGGUUUUGGCUUGGCAGUACAGGCAGAUAGCAUAUGUGGGAUCAUCUGAAAGCUCAAAAUGAUCCCAGACCACACUACCCACUCACUUCUGGGAUGCAUGUGCAUAUGUGGAUGCUGCAAUAUCCACCUCCUCAGCAGGAAGAGGCACAGAAACAGGAGGAGUGGAUUCAGCUGAGCCACUUGCCUCUGUAACCUCUACCUCAGCCUCCUCUGAAGUGCCUUCUGGGGAAAGUGACCUGGCUCUAGGGAAACUUGAGGGGUGUGGAGCACAAACUCAGCCAAUUCCCCCUUCUUCCCCAGAAUUUCCCUUGCUAGGACACUCAGAUCCAGAUCCACCUCCAGCUCUUCUUCUGGCAUUGGAAGGCUCAGCAUGAGAAGUGAAAUGGGGGUGGAGGAGACUGUUAUACUGGUGCUGGUGCAGGUGCUGGUGCUGGUGCUUUUGCUUGUUUUCAUGUUGGUUGAGGGUGGGGGUUAUGGCUGAUGCUCUUAGACAGGAUGCAGACUCAGGCACAGGAAGUGGCACUGGCACUUCUCCCCUCUUCUUGCUGCCUGUACUAGUGGAAGCCUCAUGCCUGUUUGCUGUAGCAAAGAGGCUACAUCUGAGUUUUCUGGGCAGGGGGGAACUUAUAUGUCUCCCUUUACCCCCUCUUCUGCCCCUCCCUAAAGGCUUGCCAGCUGCCUUUCCAGAACACUUCAUGAUGUAUUUCAUAGUUUCUUGUUUUUAUAAAAAUAUAUAAAUGUAUAUAUGUGUUUUCCUAUAUAAAUUCUAUAUUAAAAUAUGCUAUAUUAUAUAUGCAUAUGUGUGUCUUUCUAUAUAAAUUCUAUAGUAUAAUAUGUAAUAUGAUUAUGAAACUGAAAAAAAAUCAAUUAAUAUAAUAAAAUAAAAGGGUCUAGAAAGAAAGCAAAAGGUAUUGCGGAAUCCCACUUGCUAGGCUAGCAAGUAGGAAAUCAAUGCUAGUAGUAGCCUUUGUUCCUGAACUUCUGGAAGAUAGCUGAGUAACUGACCCCAAGGCAGAAAGCGGGCCAGUUCAAACAAUGUUGCCUUUUACGCUGUUGUUCUAUCCCUCCCCCAGAGCACUGGGAUUGGAAGGGACCUCAGGGAAGGAUCACAGUCACUGGCCAGCUACACAGUCAAUAUGAGAGCAGUCUUUCCCCGCUUUUCCUCCUCCCCCUCCUUACUUUCUGUUUCCUUUCAGGCAAGCCCAGCUUCAGCUUCAAAACCCAAAACAUUUCAAAACUUUCAAAACAUUUCAUCUGCCCUCAUUUCAUUUUGAGGCUGUUUUGAAGCCCUUCAUUUCAUUUUGAUUUCACUGUUUUGAGCUCAAAAUGAAUUGAAACAGCAUCAAAACAAAACAACCGGUGAAAUUUUGCACAGCCCUAGGGUCUACCUCCAAGACAAAGUGAGCAGAUUAAGGAUCCUAAAUAAUGGCCUCCUACAGGGAAGGGUUCUUGCCCCUUCAAUAUUUAUAUAAGCAAUAUGCCUACUACCUUUUUGAGGAAAUUAGCAUAUGCCAAUGACCUGGCACUAACCACCUAGGCAAGGACGUUCAAAGAGAUUGAAGACAUGCUGACAUUAGACCUGCCAAUAACAGCAGGAUAUUUCUGCAAGUGGAGGCUGCGACCAAAUCCAGCUAAGUCCAUCAGCUCUGUGUUCAUCUCAAUUACCCCAAAGCAUAUGUUCAUCAUCACAAUGUCACCUUUUGUGGACAAAAAUUAUAACAUGAUCCAACUCUGUCCUACCUAGGUGUGACACUGGACUGCACCUUAACCUUUCAUAAUCAUCUUCAAAAAAUAGCUGUGAAAAUUAAGAGUUGGGUGAACACAGUGCAAAAACAUGCUGGAAUGAGCUGGGAUCUGCACCUCUGCUCUAGUAUUGGUUUUCUCAAUGGCCAAGUACUGUGCACCUGUCUUGGCUUCUAGCACUCAUACCAAAUGCAUGCUAUAACUGGAACCCUGAAAUCUACACCAAUUCACUGGUUAUCAGUACUGGCCAAUAUUGCUCCUCCAUACAUUUGUCAUGAUGAAGCUACAUACAGGGAGGUUGUCUGUAUGAAUGACAACCCAAGCCUUAGCAUCCGUAGAGCUUUAAGGAACCUCCCAGCUCACCACUUGGUCUCCCAGAAAUCUUUGUGGACACAUGCACAAGUCCUUGUAGGACACAACAGUACAGUAGCUUGGAGGAAAGCGUGGAAUGAAACCACCAUUCAAAAUAAAUAUAUAUAUAAUUUCUGACUCCCCAAUAAAGCCUCCUGGUUUUGGCCUUUCAUGAAAAACAUGGAAGGUUCAAAAUCGGAUCUGAACUGGGCAUGGCCUCUGUGGUCACUUAAUGCACAGAUGAUGUACUAGGAGUUCUGCAGAAUAUUAUUUUGGCAACCCUGACAAACUAUAGAUCAUAUAACACUUUGCCCUCUACACAAAUUUGAUGGUGACAUUGCAGAGAUACAUUCCCUUUUCUCAAGAGCAUUAGACUGGUAAACUAACCUCAAACUGGACUUAUAAUUGUUGCUCCAAGUCAACCAUAUGAAAGAAGAAGUGUCCAUGUUCUGCAUUUGAAGAGCUAAGAUAUUUUGAAAUGUGGCAGACUGAUAUCAGUUGCAGAUAUGAACUAGAAGCAAUGCUUGUGCUAGGAUUGACUGUAACUUUCAGUGAUCUUUAAUUUCAAAUAAAGGGUUAAACAUUAAUUAAACACAAAAUUAGGAAAAUAGUAGCUGGAGGACCUCUUUAAAUAUUUUCUUGUUAUAGACACUAAAGGGUGGAAUUCAGACAACAUUGAGCUAAUGGAAAAAUUCCCAUUGAUUUGGGGGAGUAAGGAUUAUACCCUGAGUCAUCUAGGCUUGCAGAUGUAAGAUGCAGUCCUGGGGAAGAUGACACAACGCUGUGCAGGACAGUCCAUGACAAGUUCUUCAGAGGAUCAAGGCCUUGAGGUUGUAUAUAGCAUGUUGCCAGUAAGAUGCUGGGCAACUUUUCUAGUUCACUCACUUGCAAGUUAACUUUCAUCUAAGUGCAGAUAUUUGCGAACAUGGCUUAGUGUAAAUGUCAGUAAUCAAAAGAUUUUUAAAUAAGCAAAAAACUUAUUUUUGGUACCUAUCUACCUGCUAUGUGUUGGGAGUUCUGCCAUUUUUUAAAAAUGAAUAGCUGAAAUAUUAGUAAGACUUUAUUUCCAUUUUCCUAGGACUCCCCAAGGUCUAUAGUUUUCUUUGCGGAAACAGUUGCCAUUAAAUAUGCUGUAUGUCAAUGCAGCAGUGAGGUGGUUAAUUUUGACUGAAUAUUAUGCUAUAUAACCACUUGGCAUUUAACUUGAAAAAUGACUUUCUGCUUCACCUGUCAGCAGCCCAGUUCUCAUCAAAUAAGUGAGUGAGAAAAAUUUUUAAAUUUCAAUUUCCUGAUGCUAUUAGACACUACUUCUUCCAUACUUAAACAGUUUAGCAGUGCAUGUACAUGUUUUGGUAUUCAUGCCAUGCAUCACACUACAUGCUAUUACAAUAGCUUUUUUGUUUAAAGGGUAAAGAGAUGCAUGGAUCUUUAUCUUGGGGUUAGGAAAAUGUAUUGCAGGAACAUGGCCAAUCAGGUUUCUGAAUAACUUUGUAACAUAGUACCAUAACCCUGAUGCAGUGCAAGGAAUUUAAAAUACUAGGUGGCUGUGACUCUGAGGAAAGAAAGCAUUCUAAAUGAAGUAAGCAUGCACGGUAAUCUUGUACUCUACUUCUCUAGAAAAUCAAUGACUUAACGUAGCACUAAUCUGUUUGUAACCUUUAUUUUGCCAGUUAUUCCUUUUGUAAAUCAUGCAACAGAAUUGCAUGCAUUUUCUGUAUGUGUUUAAGAUUAAAAACAUUUAGCUUUGUGUGUCUUCCUUAAUGUCUAUUUCAAACAACCCUAUUACAGCUUUUUUAAUUUAGUUUAUAUACCCCCAAACAGCAAGGGAACUACAGGGAUAUAGAUGUGGCACAAGUGAGAGAUUGUACCAUUUCUAUUUUUCCUAUUAUCUAACACCUUAUUCAUUUCACCAUUGAUAAAUCUUGGGACAUUUUACUUGGUUACAAAAAAAUGUAUCAUCCCUUCUCUGUUUUUUUUCCCUGACAUUAUUUUUUAUUGCAUUAUAUAAUGUGCAUAAAUCCAUAGUUCCAUAGUAGUAAACAUCAAACAGUAUUUGAAAUAAUAGUUCCUUGUAAAUCUAGACUGGUAUCACUAAGGUUAUUGUUGUUAUUGCUAUUAUUUAUUCAUUUAUUUGUUUAGUAUCAUCUGUUGACUCACUGUCAUGGAAUACGUGGUAUUAAAAAUAGAUGCAGAGAACACGGGGGGUACUUAGGGAUAUAUAGGAAGGAAUAACCUGAAGAGCUACUUGAGUAUAUUUAUGGUAAAAUCUAAGAAAGCAAGUGUGUAAAUACUAUCACUUACAUGUAAGUAGCAGGCUACAGAUUUGAUUCUCUUCUGUGUUGUUCCCAUUUUACUCCAGUGUGUGUCCACCCGUGUGCAUUUACUGUGCAGAAACUGAAAUUACUGUGCAGUAUGGGUAUGUGUCUACACAUGGAUGUCCAUACUGAGCAGUAAAUAUGGCAAUUUAUGCCAAUUUGAGCAUAAAUUUGAUACCUACAUGAUGUAGGUAUCAAAUUUAUGCCCAGUUACUUACUGUGCAGUAAUGCAUGCAUGCAGUAACCCAGGGGGCCUCUCUGCUGGGUCUGCCCAGCCACUAGGGGCCUGGCCUGAGCCAGCUGUAGGGCUCCUGGCUGGAUGCCUCUCCUGGCUUCAACUUGGAAGUAAAGUUAAUCCCAAAGGCUGGCAGCCAUGUGGCCGGAGGCUGUAUCUCCCCCCACCCAAGGGCCACAGGGGUACAUGGCAGGCUGCUGUGACCUGGGACUAAAUUUAGUUGUGCAGAUGCUGGCCUAUUCCCACUUACUGUGCAUAGUAUCAUAGUAUCAUAGUGCUUAGGGUUGGAAGGGACCUAAACAGAUCAUCAGGUCUGACCCCCUGCCCUGGGCAGGAAUAGGAGCCAGAGUCAUAUCAUCCCAGCCAAAUAUCUGUCCAGCCUCCUCUUGAAAACCCCCAAGGUAGGAGAGAGUCCACCUCACUUGGGAGCCCAUUCCAGAGCCUGGCAGCCCUAACUGUAAAAUAAUGUCUCCUGAUGUCCAGCCUGAACCUUCUGUCUAACAAUUUGUGGCCAUUAUUCCUAGUAACUCUGGGUGGUACCCAGGGGAACAGAGCCUCUCUCAAUUCCCGCUGGUCCCCCCAAUGAGUUUGUAAAUGGCCAACAGAUCCCCUCUCAGCCUUCUCUUGUAGAGGCUGAAUAGGUUCAGGCCCCUUAGCCUCUCUUUGUAGGGCCUGCUGUGCUGCCAUGCAAGUGGCCCUUCUCUGGACCCACAUCCCUCUUGAAGUGCGGCGCCCAGAACUGGACGCAGUACUCCAACUGUGGCAUAGAGGGGAAGGGUCACCUCUCUGGACCUGCUUGUGAUGCAUCUGUAGAUGCACGACAAGGUGUGGCUAGCCCAACUGACCGCUUCCUUACAUUGGCAGCUCAUGUUCAUCCUGGAGUCAACAAUGACUCCAAGAUGCCUUUCUGCCACUGUGUUGACAAGAAGGGUGUUCCCCAGGUGUGUUGCAGGUUCCUUCUCCCUCAAUGCAGCACCUUGCACUUGUCUGCAUUGAAUUCCAUCCUAUUCUCAUCCACCCACCCUUGUAAUUUGUCUAGAUCUAGCUGGAUUCUGUCCCUCCUCUCCAGUGUGCCCACCUCGCCCCACAACUUGGUGUCAUAAGCGAAUUUGGACAGUGUGCAUUCCACACCCACAUCCACAUUGCUGAUAAAGAUGUUAAACAGUACAGGCCCCAGGACUAAGCCCUGGGGGACUCCACUGCCCACAUCCCUCCAGGUCAAAAAUGACCCAUCCGCCAUCACUCUCUGGGUGCAACCGUCCAGUCAAUUUGCCACCCAUCUGACUGUGUAGUCAUCAAUGCUACAGGCACCUAGUUUUUUUUAAGAGAAUGUGGUGGGAAACCAUGUCAAAGGCCUUCUUAAAAUCCAGGAAGAUGAUAUCCACCCUGACACCUGUCAUGACCCAAAGGUCUGAUUUUGUGUGUACUUCGGCACUAGAAUUAUCCCCGUGGGAUUACAGCUUCAUUGCACGGAGGAGUUUUGCUGCACAGAGAACCCGUGUGCAGGGGAGAGAGUUCCCGCCACUUUGCAGCUGUCUUUGCAGGGUGCAUUUUCUUUGCAGCACAGAAAUGCACGGUGCAAAGAGUUCCCGCUCUUAGAAUGCAAAUUUGUUCCCCGCUAUUGGCUAGUUCUAAAUUAUUCCCACGUGGUGGCUAGCGAUUGGCCUGCUAGUCGUAUAAGAGGCUUGAGCAGUUUCCGCCCAAGCCGAAGAGGACUCCACAUCCAUCUCGUGGGGACUCUGGGUACACGGCAGGGUAACAGAAACCCUGUGUGAGACUCAGAGGAGUUUGGCGGCCUGAUCCACCGCCCACCUCUUCCCGUCUUCAUGUGGUAACCUUUUAUAAGACGUAUCUACGAGUUUUGAGGCGCGCUUGUCCUGGACAUCCGGAGUUCUGUUUACGUGGAGCCUAGCAAACUCCACGUGAUUGUUCGUGUUCUUUUGUUUGUAACCGCAACUCAAGCAAGUUUUCAGCCUGCACCGUGACCAUCUCGGUGUAAGUAAACAAUCUUAAAAUCAACCAUUAAGCAUUUGUGCCUAAUUCUAGCUCGGCGACCGCCCUCUCUGACCCGGCAUGCCCGGGCUGCCGGCCACAGCCCGCGUGCAGCGUGACAAGGGCCGCGGGUUCGCACCCAGCCCACACAUGGCAACGAGGAUGGGAUCAGGAGAGGGCUCGCUAGAGUUAGAAUUAGUUGAAAACUGCCCUUGGAAAAGUGGGAGACGCAACGUAGCAAGUGUUGCGAAACCGGAGGCGCACAUCGCGUACCACCAGGCGGGCAGAACGGGUAAGAGAUGUGUCAGUGGACGCCUUUCGCUAAAGGGAGAAGAGGGAGCUUCUGAAGACGGAGCCCUAGAAGGGAGAGAGGUGUAUCUUCACCCUGCGGCGUUCGGGUGUAUCAUGAGCGACGAGCGGGUCCUGUACAGGCCCCUCGAUACUGUUUCCCUCGCCGAAGUUGACCUGGUGAGCGCAGUGGACCCGACCCUCACCCGGGAGUGUGUCCGUUACUCAUGAUGUGCCCGGGAGAUGGGGGAGCCGAUGCCGAUCGGCUGGCUCUCCCCUUGCAUGGUAAUACCUAGACUGAGGGGUCGCGAUCUUCCGUCCAAGCUCCGCAAAAACCCGGAGACGGAGGAGCGCGCCGUAGAUGAGAGAGUGGUCCUACAGUGCGACAAGGGGGGAGAAUUGAAUGCAACUUUUCAAACUAUGACGGAUCUAAUGAAUAAAACUUUAAGUUUGAAGACCCAGCUGCGUAUGGCCUUUCGGGCGGUCAGAGAAACGGCUGAGAGAGGGGAUCUUAAAAUGCCACGACAAGAUGGCGCCGAGCAGAAAGAAGACCGCGUGGAGAAGCCGGAAAAGAGGGAUGGAGCUUCGGAGGAACCCGCGAGGGUUCAGCCAGUGACUCCACCCAGCGAUGUAGUGUCGAUUCUGCCGACCACACCCCUCUGCCGACGGGAGGGGCAGUCAAGCGGAGGAGUGCAUCCGCCCCUCCCGCCUGAAACAGCGACAACCCCCACUGUAACAAUAACUACAGCUCCAACAGAAACAACAACAACGACUCGUGAAGAAACUGAUCAGCCUGCAGCAUCAAGCAGCCAAGUCAUCAAUCCGCAGAGUGCAGUUCAUGCUACUACCUAUUACGCUCGCUCCAGAGCCGAACUGCAAAAUUUGUGUAGAGAGUCCAGGAUCCAACCCGAGGAAACUCUGGCUGUGUGGUUGGGACGUCUGGUCGUGGAGCUUGGGUCCGACCUCCUGGACCAGGAAGAGGCAAGCUUCUUGGUGAGACAAGCUUCAUGGAGUAGGGGACAUGUCACUAACAUCGACAUGGUGGCGUUUAGCAUCCACUGGCCUAUUCCAAUUCCAGCGCUUGUGGCAGGAGUAAUCAAACAAAAGGCCCAUGCAUGGCAUGAUGGACGACCAGAGCACACCGGUGCAGAACAGCUUGUACUGGCUAUCAUCGGAGUUUCGUAUUGCGCCUGGAACCCAAGAGUAUGUACGCUGGGACUGACACCGCUCCAGCGAAUGUGACCAUGGCCUCAUCGUCACCUGCGAGACCCUGGAACUGUUCCGGUGACCAUCGACAGCAUAGACAGUUGUCUUAAGGUCUACGGGCAGAGGAACAUAGUGGUUUUGCAAAUUGUGCUUAACCCAAUGGUCGACCACCCUGUGAGUAGUCUCCUUCAUCAGUUGCCGAGAUUGCGUGUCCUAAUGGAGCCAAAACUGCCCAGUGAUCGGGAGUGUCAACGCCCAACUGAGGCUCAGAACACAAGACGCCGCGAAUCUGAACGUCCAGUAUUACGCCAGAGAACGCAAGAGGAGCGAUACAUGUUUGGAUUCCUCCUGCAGCAUUCUGGACUUAAUAAGCGACAGCUUCGGAUUUUGGGGGAUGCGGGACAAUGGCAACUAGCCUAUGAGUUAGGUUUUCAUUACCUAGAAGAAGGUGACGACGACUCCUCGACGAUUUCGUCGAGUUGUUGAGUGUGAAAAGAGAGAAAGAGCUGUCCAGUAUAGAGCCGUGUUUAAAUAUCUGUAUUUAAUAGUGGUAGUAAGUUUAAUUGACUGCAUUAUUGUGCGGUCCCAUGUAAUUUUGUAAAUAAUAGUAAAAUAACCAUUUUAAGAAAGUUCUUUUAUAGAUCCAGGAUUCGAAGUGCAUGGUGGAGAGAGGCCCCGAGAGGGGCAACAUCACCGAAAGGAGCGAGGGCCUGACGCGCGAUUCCACCAUGACGCCCACUGAAGCCAUGAUCGUCCAGUUUUUUGUUACGAAUGUAAUUAUGUGUAUAUGUGUGUGUGCCGGCUAUUAUUUGAUUUGAUCCCUUGAGGAUGAAAUUUUAGUGUUAACUAAUUUUGUAUUUGUUCGUUUAGUUUCACAAACAGUUAACAGAGCUACUAAUAACCCGGAUGAUGGACAUAUAGUAUAAUUCUAUUGUGCCUUCAGCAAGGGGGGAUGUCAUGACCCAAAGGUCUGAUUUUGUGUGUGCUUCGGCACUAGAAUUAUCCCCGUGGGAUUACAGCUUCAUUUUACGGAGGAGUUUUGCUGCACAGAGAACCCGUGUGCAAAGGAGAGAGUUCCUGCCACUUUGCAGCUGUCUUUUCAGGGUGCGUUUUCUUUGCAGCACAGAAAUGCACGGUGCAAAGAGUUCCCACUCUUCGAAUGCAAAUUUGUUCCCCGCUAUUGGCUAGUUCUAAAUUAUUCCCACGUGGCGGCUAGCGAUUGGCCUGCUAGCCGUAUAAGAGGCUUGAGCGGUUUCCGCCCAAGCCGAAGAGGACUCCACAUCCAUCUCGUGGGGACUCUGGGUACACGGCAGGGUAACAGAAACCCUGUGUGAGACUCAGAGGAGUUUGGCGGCCUGAUCCACCGCCCACCUCUUCCCGUCUUCGUGUGGUAACCUUUUAUAAGACGUAUCUACGAGUUUUGAGGCGCGCUUGUCCUGGACAUCCGGAGUUCUGUUUACGUGGAGCCUAGCAAACUCCACGUGAUUGUUCGUGUUCUUUUGUUUGUAACCGCAACUCAAGCAAGUUUUCAGCCUGCACCGCGACCGUCUCGGUGUAAGUAAACAAUCUUAAAAUCAA